GUCGAAUGCGAAUGCAGCUUUCAAAUGAAAAUUUAUUAGCCGUACCGAUCUCUUUUCAUCUUCGUUUUUUUUUUCUUGUCUACCGUUUUCUUAACCUACCUUUCCUUACCUUACCUUCUUCUCCCUCCGCGCUAACAACCGCAAAUCGUCACAUCUGUUCUUCCAGUUGUCGACGAAUUUUCUCUCCUCCGCACAACAACCACCUCUCAAACAGGUCACGGAAGAGAGAACACAAAGGUUCAUUUUCGACUAUUCCCAUUAUCUUUACCGUCACGGCCAUCAAUCAACCCUGGUAAACGCCACACCCCAAAUCCCAAAACCUACCUUUUUAAUUGGUCUCAGCAGGCUUGGCCUCGUCGCUCAUUCAUAACUAAAUCAUAUCACAACCAUCUUCACUUCUUUUACUUGACCCCUUUUCUCAAUUACAUCGCAACUCGCGACUUUUUUGCUUCUUACAACACACCCUUUUCACAACAACAAUUGCAAUCAACAAUGGCCGACGAGAAGAGUCGUACCUCGGGCGAGAUUCCCCGACCGGAGUCAAAGGGUCCUAUCCUGCCCACUACUACUCAGGAGGCUGAUAAAAUUCAACCUCCUAAGGCCGCCAUUCACCCGGCUGUCUAUGUCGCAGUAUGGAUCUCUCUAUCGUCAUCCGUCAUUCUCUUCAACAAAUGGAUCCUGGACACCCUCGAGUUCCGUUAUCCCGUCAUUCUGACCACUUACCAUCUGUCUUUCGCGACCAUCGCUACGCAAUUAAUGGCGCGUUACACUACCCUUCUCGACGGUCGCAAGUCGGUUAAGAUGACUGGUCGUGUCUAUCUCCGAGCCAUCGUUCCCAUCGGUGUCUUCUUCAGUCUCAGUUUGAUCUGCGGAAACUUGACCUACCUCUACCUCAGUGUCGCAUUUAUCCAGAUGAUCAAGGCUACCACUCCCGUUGCUGUACUGCUUUCCAGCUGGGCUAUGGGUCUUGCCCCUCCCAACCUUCGACAGCUUAUGAAUGUAUCAGCCAUUGUUGUCGGUGUCAUGAUUGCCUCUUUUGGCGAGAUCAAAUUCGUCUGGAUUGGAUUCCUCUACCAGUUGGGAGGUCUUAUGUUCGAGGCUAUUCGUCUAAACUUGGUCCAAGCCCUGCUCAGCUCUGCUGAGUACAAGAUGGACCCCCUUGUCUCGCUUUACUACUUUGCCCCUAUCUGCGCUGUCAUGAACGGUGUUGUUGCGCUUGCUUGGGAAAUUCCCAAGGUCUCCAUUGCUGAGGUUUACCACGUUGGUCUCUUCACAUUCUUCUUGAACGGACUUUGCGCAUUCCUGCUUAAUGUGUCUGUCGUCUUCUUGAUUGGCAAGACUUCGGCUGUCAUCAUGACCCUCUGCGGUGUCCUCAAGGAUGUUAUGCUUGUUGUUGCAUCUAUGCUCAUCUGGGGUACUCCCGUCUCCGGUCUUCAGGCCUUUGGUUACACCAUUGCUUUGGGUGGCAUGGUCUACUACAAGCUCGGAUUCGAUGCUCUCAGGGGAUAUGCUGGUGAAGCCGGACGACACUGGGCCGAAUUUGGUGCAGCCCGCCCUGCCGCUCGCAAGAUCGUUGUCAUCGUCGCGGCACUCUUGUUCGUCUUCAUCCUCUUUGGAGGUUUGGCUUCCCCAUACACUGGAGACUACAACCCCUCGCAAUACCUUGCUGGUGCUGCUGAGAAGUUUGGCGUAUCCUCAUAAACGAAGAUGUGAUGAAAGAGUCUCUAUUUCACCAUAUGCUUUUUUAAUCUUCGGGGUGGACGGGGAUAACGGUUAGGUUCGACUACGAAAUCCUAACUUGAUGGGUAAAUGCUACGUGAUGAUCCAGUAUGCGUUUCCCUAAUUUUUCGAGUACAUACUUGCACAUUUUCCAGAUCAUCUCCGUGAAGGGGGGUAACGGGUGGUAAUUGGAGAGUUUUUUCUUUGUGUCGAGGACACUUUACGAGGGAUAACCAACGUGGCUUAUAGUAGGGCUAUAGAGAAAGCAGACAGGCGUCAAUUGCAAGGGUCGGGUUGCAUCUGCUUCGCAUCACGAUAAGGCAAGUUCUUCAUGUAACUUAGAAGGUCCUGGGAAUUAGACCUGAAUGAGAACCAAAAAAAAACCGAAAUCAUAAUUAA